AUGGCACCACCAUCGGUCACUGUACAGGGAGGCGAGAGCCUUGCCCUUCCCACCGUUUUCUCGGCCCCCAUCAGACCUGACGUUGUCAACUUCUGCCACACCGCUCAGGCCAAGAACAAGAGACAACCUUACUCCGUUUCCGAGAAGGCAGGUCACCAGACCAGUGCUGAGUCAUGGGGUACCGGUCGUGCUGUUGCCCGUAUUCCUCGUGUCUCCGGUGGCGGUACCCACCGUGCCGGUCAGGCUGCUUUCGGUAACAUGUGCCGAUCCGGUCGCAUGUUCGCUCCCACCAAGAUCUGGCGCAAGUGGCACGUCAAGAUCAACCAGGGCCAGAAGCGAUUCGCUGUUGCCUCUGCUGUUGCCGCCUCGGCUGUUGCUCCUCUCCUGCUCGCCCGUGGUCACGCCAUCUCCAAGGUCCCCGAGGUCCCCUUGGUCAUCGACUCCUCCAAGGUUGAGGGUGCCGCUGUUGCCAAGACCGCCGCCGCUCUCAAGCUCUUGAACGAGGUCGGUGCCGCCGAGGAUAUCGAGAAGGCCAAGAAGUCCAAGAAGGUCCGUGCCGGUAAGGGCAAGCUCCGUGGCCGCCGCCACCGCCAGCGCCGUGGUCCUCUCGUCAUCUACGACCCCAAGACCGAUGGCACUGAGCUCAUCAAGGGUUUCCGCAACCUGCCCGGCUGUGAGACCUGCGACGUCUACGCCUUGAACCUCCUCCAGCUCGCCCCUGGUGGUCACCUUGGUCGUUUCAUCGUCUGGACCUCCAACGCCUUCAAGGCUCUCAACACCAUCUACGGUUCCACCACCGAGCCUUCUCAGCUCAAGAAGGACUUCCUCCUGCCUUCCAACGUUGUCUCCAACGCCGACCUCACCCGUCUGAUCAACAGCAGCGAAAUCCAGAGCGUCCUCAACGCCCCCAAGGGCACUGCUCUUACCAAGCGUGCUUCCGUCCAGAAGAAGAACCCUCUCAAGAACAAGCAGGUUCGCCUUCGCCUCAACCCUUACCACGCCACCUUCGUCAAGGAGAAGCUUGGUGAGCAGAAGGCUGAGGCCGGCAAGCCCAAGGCUACUCCCGUCGAGUUCCUUGAGAACGCUCUUGAGCUUUAA